GCGAGAAGCGUAUUCCAAACCCCAAGCACGAAUCCGAAUCCGAUGGCCGCGCUACAAACGCCAUCCCCAUUCGCCGGCCCCGCCAGCCGCUUCGCCCCUCGUCGCCUCCGCUACCUGCUCCUCCCAGCCCCAGCCACCACCAUGUCCUCCGUCGCUUCCUCCCAGAACCCCGACCCAGACCGCGCCGCCGCCGGGGAGCAGCUCCCGCACUCGACCCUCGAGAUCGCCGGCGCGCGGAGCGGCCUCCUCGCCGGCUUCGACAGCCUCCGCCGCCCCUACCGCGCCUACCCCGUGCUCGCGUCCAACCGCCACGUCGAGACCAUCUUCGCCGCCUUCACGCGCUCGCUCCCCGCCGUCACCUUCCGCCGCGAGUGCCUCCGCGCCCCCGACGACGGCGCCGUCGCCCUCGACUGGGUCUCCGCCGACGACCGCGCGCUGCCGCCCGACGCGCCGCUGCUCAUUCUGCUGCCUGGUCUCACAGGAGGAAGUCAGGAUACAUAUGUAAGGCAUAUGCUUUUGAGAGCUAGAAGCAAAGGAUGGCGUGUUGUGGUAUUCAAUAGCCGUGGAUGUGCAAGCAGUCCUGUGACUACAGCUAAGUUCUAUUCUGCUUCAUUUACUGGAGAUCUGCGUCAAGUAGUCGAUCAUGUUUUGGCCCGUUACCCUGAGUGUAAUAUCUAUGCUGCUGGCUGGUCACUCGGAGCAAAUAUUCUUGUGCGCUACCUUGGUGAGGAGACUGAUAAGUGUUCUCUUUCUGGAGCAGUAUCCAUGUGCAAUCCGUUUGAUUUGGUAAUUGCAGAUGAAGAUUUCCACAAAGGAUUCAACAACAUCUAUGAUAGAGCACUUGCUAACUCUCUGAGGGCCAUAUUUAAGAAGCAUGCGCUGCUUUUUGAAGGACUGGAUGGUGAAUACAACAUACCAAAGGCAGCCAAUGCAAAAACUGUUAGAGAUUUUGAUGAAGGGCUAACCCGAGUUUCAUUUGGCUUCAAGUCAGUGGAUGAUUAUUACUCGAACUCAAGCAGUUCAGACUCCAUCAAGAAUGUUUCCAUACCUUUAUUAUGCAUACAGGCAGCUAAUGAUCCAAUUGCACCAUCUAGGGGAAUUCCUAGAGAAGAUAUCAAGGCAAAUCCGAACUGCCUACUGAUAGUCACGCCACAGGGUGGUCAUCUUGGAUGGGUAGCAGGUGAUGAAGCUCCGUUUGGAUGUCCUUGGACUGAUCCGAUAGUAAUGGAGUUUCUAGAACAUGUUCAGAACGAAAAGAGCUCAACUGCCAAGAAUAGCAACCAAUAUGAGCAGCAGAGUGUUCCACAGACAUCAGUACCCCAGGUGUCCGUGCAUGUACAGAGAUAGUGACGAUCGCCAUUUUCGGAAUGUUUCAACUCGUUGUGUACGCAUAGUUAGGUCUUCAGAUUCUGUUCUGCAGCCAAAAUGUGAUACAUUGCUCCACAAGACAAAGACUCUACCAUCCAUUGAUUGCUGGCUCCCAAUUUACUGAAAUUUUGACCUGGAGCAUUUAUUUGCCAUUUGAAAGGCAUGCUGUAUCAAACUGUACCAUGUUGUAUAUAGUAUUUCAACCACAUUCAUC